AUGCCAGAAGGAGAUGUAAUAUCUCCGAACGAUGAGGAACUGUUAAAAGAAUUGAAGACAGGACAAACUUUUUAUUUAAAGUAUCUUGGAUCGGUGCAGGUUUACGAAUCAUUAACGAAGAAAAAACCUGAGGAAAGAGAUAACUGGACAAGGCAUUGCAUGUAUCGUAUUUGCCAUCAACUAGGCAUAUGUAAAGAAGAUUCAAGGUCUGAUGAACGAUUACUUGACAAACUGGGUGAAGUGAAGAUCGAAGACAAAGAUGUUGAACUAAAUGUGGCAUUACAUGCUUUUAUAAUUCUCGAUAAAGACGGUAUACAUAUUUUGGAACGACAUCCCAUCCAUGUUAUUUCAUAUGCUUCAUCAGGCACUGAGGAGUGUACCAAAGGAGUUUUUUGCUUUGUGUCGCACGUUCGAGAACUUGGAAGGCGAUGCUUGGUUUUUAUGGAACCAGACAAGAAUGUCGACUUUAUUAUGGAAACUAUUCUUCAGAUAUUUCGAUUAAAUAAUAAAGGACAUGGUAGUAAGUUAAGCAUAACAAUAGCGAAGUCAUCAGAGCCGAGUUCAAAAGAUCACCAGAUUUAUGUUAACGUGUGUAAUUUGCCAGCUGCUAUGGGCCUGGAUAGGCAACCUUGGUAUCAUGGUGAAAUGGAACGAGCUACUGCUGAAUCUAUGCUGCAACACGAAGGUGAUUUCUUGGUUCGUAUUAGUCCGAAUACUGCCAAUAAUUUCGUGCUUUCGGGGAUUGCUAGUUCAGUCCCGAAGCAUUUCUUAUUACUGGAUGAAAACGAUCAAAAGGUUCGCAAGCAACAACAAGUAUUCGAAACAAUUGUUGAACUGAUUGAGUACCACCGAGGGGAGAAUGUGCCAAUUAUCUCGGAAGGCAGUGAAUUGCACUUGAUCCAUCCCAUUGUAAAAUUUGCCGCAUCAUUACCGCGCCGAUAG